GGCAGCCGCUGCCGCCGCGGGGCUGCGAGCCGGGAGCGGAGCGGCCCGUGGGAAUGGCCCCGGCGGUCCCCGGAACGAACAUAGGACAGGCGGAGCACAGCUGAUCGAGAAGCUGAGGAUGGGCAUCUACUUUCUUCUGCUCAUUGUAGGCUUUUGCUGGGGUCAGUACAACCCCAACACUGUCUCUGGCACCACGUCCAUCGUCCACCUCUUUGAAUGGCGCUGGGCCGAUGUUGCUCUCGAGUGCGAGCGCUACUUAGCUCCCAACGGCUUUGGAGGAGUUCAGAUUUCACCUCCAAAUGAAAAUGUUAUCGUUACUGACCCCUGGCAACCGUGGUGGGAAAGAUACCAGCCCGUCAGCUACAAGCUGUGCUCACGAUCUGGAAACGAAACUGAAUUUAGAGACAUGGUGGCCAGGUGCAACAAUGUUGGAGUACACAUCUAUGUGGAUGCAGUAAUCAACCAUAUGUGUGGAGCUAGUGCUGGCGCUGGCGACCAUGCGACUUGUGGAAGCUAUUUCGAUGCAAACACUGAAGAUUUUCCAGCUGUGCCCUAUUCUGGCUUGGACUUUAAUGACAGAAAAUGUAAAUCUAGAAGUGGAGACAUUGAGGAUUAUCAAGAUGUAUCACAGGUGCGGGACUGCCGCCUGGUGAGCCUGCUUGACCUGGCCCUGGAGAAGGACGACGUGCGCUCCAAGGUCGCCGAGUACCUGAACCGCCUCAUCGGCAUCGGCGUCGCCGGCUUCCGGCUGGAUGCUGCCAAGCACAUGUGGCCUGGGGACCUGAAGGCUGUUUUAGACAAGCUGAAAGACCUCAAUACUACCUGGUUUCCUGCAGGAACUAAACCUUUCAUUUACCAGGAGGUGAUUGACCUGGGGGGAGAGCCCAUCCAGUGCAGCCAGUACUUUGGCAACGGCCGAGUGACAGAAUUCAAGUACGGAGCCAAACUGGGGACGGUGCUGCGCAAGUGGGAUGGCGAGAAGAUGGCCUACUUGAAGAACUGGGGAGAAGGCUGGGGCUUUGUGCCCGCCGACAGAGCCCUGGUCUUUGUGGACAAUCACGACAACCAGCGGGGCCACGGGGCUGGUGGAGCUUCCAUUCUGACCUUCUGGGACGCCAGGCUCUAUAAAAUGGCCGUGGGUUUCAUGCUGGCUCAUCCCUACGGGUUCCCACGCAUCAUGUCGAGUUUUCACUGGUCCAGAUACUUUGUCAACGGCAAGGACGUCAACGACUGGAUGGGCCCCCCAAGUGAGUCGGAUGGGUCGAUCAAGCCGGUCACCAUCAACGCCGACACAACGUGUGGCAACGGCUGGGUGUGUGAGCACCGCUGGCGCCAGAUCAGGAACAUGGUGAUCUUCCGCAACGUGGUGGACUGGCAGCCCUUCUCCAACUGGUGGGACAACGGCAGCAACCAGGUGGCGUUCGGCCGAGGCAAUAAAGGCUUCAUCGUCUUCAACAACGACGAGUGGGAGUUGAACGUCUCUCUGCAAACCGGGCUGCCCGCGGGUACCUACUGCGACGUUAUCUCUGGACAGAAGGAGGACAACAGAUGCACUGGCAAACAGGUGUCUGUGUCUGAGGAUGGAGAGGCCCAUUUCCACAUCAGUAACAGUGCUGAAGACCCAUUUAUUGCAAUCCACGUUGAUGCCAAGCUGUAACGAACUCGGCUCAAAGUGUGUUUGUGCCGUUGCUCUGUACGGUCGGUGUUUGCCCCUGAAGCGAUUUGUGGCGUUGCAGGACGAGUGCUUGUCUGUAUGGGGUGAAUAAAAAU